UAUCGAUCAUAAAUACGAAUAAUACGAUAUACACAUAACACAUUACGAUUUGGUAAAAAAUGUAAUUAUAAAUUAAUAAAAUUCGUAAUCUGGUGUUAAAUCUAUUGAUGAUGUGUUCCUCGGGUGAUAUGCCUCUACCACCUUGGCUCUACUCAUGACUAAAUAAAUAUAAUAUAUAUCUUUAUUUAGUCAUAUGCUUACUUCUAAGCAUCCGUGGUUUACCGCACGAGUAAAAAACAAAACUUAUCUAUGUACUAUUGCAUAAUUUAAUUGGUCAUUAAGUAUUUUACGUGUAUCAAUUUUUCAUAUUGUGUAUUCAUUUUUAUUUUUUAGUUAAAUACAUUUUACAAUCAUGCUCGAAGUUUUUGAGUUACAGUGUUUUAUACAAAAUUAUUUGUGGGGGAAAAAAGGUUUUGCGAGUGAAGUUAGCCGCCUGAGUUUGGCUGGCCAACAUAUAGAUUCUAUAGAUGAAAAACAGUUAUAUGCUGAAUUGUGGAUGGGCGCUCUUCAUAAAAGUCCUUCGUUAGUAAAAAGUUCUGGGCAGAAAUUGAGUGAUUGGAUAAAAAGCAACAAUGAAGCGUUGGGUGAAAAGUCUAGAUUGCAGUUUGGUGAUGAAUUGCCAUUUUUAAUGAAAGUGUUGUCCAUAAACUCAGCCCUUUCCAUCCAAGUGCAUCCAUCUAAGGAUUAUGCUGAAGAACUACAUAAGCAAUAUCCUGAACUAUAUCAAGAUUCUAAUCAUAAACCAGAAAUGGCUAUUGCACUUAGUCACUUUGAAGGACUUUGUGGUUUCCGUCCAUAUUCUGAAAUCAGAUUUUUUUUAGAAGAAAUACCGGAAUUACAAAUUAUUGUUGGAUAUGACCUUAUUGAACAAUUUAAAAAAGAUACUACCAAUUCACAAUAUUUGCUUAAAGACAUAUUUUAUAAGUUAAUGACAUCUGAAAAAGGAAUUAUAAGCCAAAACAUUAGCAGUCAUAAAAAAAAGCUGCAAUCGCUAUGUGAUGAAAAAAAAAAUGUGUUCUUAGCAAAACUAUUUAAUCAACUUGAUUGUUGGUUCCCAAAUGAUGUCGGAUGUUUCUGCAUAUAUUUUUUAAAUUAUAUUCAACUCUCACCAGGUCAAGCAAUAUAUUUAGGAGCUAACGAACCUCACGCUUAUAUCUAUGGUGAUUGCAUCGAAUGUAUGGCUUGUUCUGAUAAUGUGGUUAGAGCUGGGUUGACUCCAAAAUAUAUUGAUGUAAAGACACUAUGUAGGGUACUGAAUUUUAAUGGGGCACCUGCUGAAUCCAAGUUGUUUAGUGGAGUUCAAGAAAAUUCUUAUACAACUGUUUUUAGACCUCCUGUUCCUGAUUUUGCUGUGGCUUGCAUUAAAGUUCCUGCAGAUAACAUUUAUGAAUUGUUGAAAAGAGAUGUUGCUUCUAUAAUUAUUGUUGUUCAUGGUCAAGGCAAAAUAACCGCACCACAAGAUUUGAUAUUAUCGACAGGAAAAGUUUUCAUGAUACCAGCUAACGUCAUAAUUCAAAUACACGUAGGAUUUGAAUCUUUAGAAUUAUAUCAAGCGUUUGUAAAUUUAUAAAUACAAUUUUUUAAUAAGUAGUAAAAUUAUUUACUCUUUACAAUUUGUCUUAGACAUUUUUACUAAAAUAUACUAAAUUAUUGUCCAGUAGCUAUUUUUUUUCUUUUACAAUAUUUAUAUAAAUAUUUUAGUUUUAAAACUAACUUAGUAUUUAGUAAUUAUUACCUAUAACUGUAGUUAAAAUAACUUCCUGUGAAUUUGAGUAUGUGUUUUUAUAAAAAAAUUGAUGAAAUAUGGGGGUAUUAAAAAACUGUCUGACUAUUAUAGUAUUAUGACAAGAAAUAAAAUUGUUAAAAUGUUA